CUGAGUGCAAUACAUUUAGAUGCUCUCGGAGGCAAGAACUGAUACACCAUUUGGAGUGUGUUCACCAACAGAAAAUGGAGUGCAAAGAAAUGACAUUUAAUUCUGUGGAAGAGUUCUUUCUGUGGAAGGAACAGAUGGAAGCUGAAGAGAAGGUUUCCUUCAUAAGACCAAGGGGAAAACAGAAAUGUGAUUAUUUUGUUUGCCACCGUUCUGGAUAUGUUGACAAAACAGCUUCAGGCAGAAGGUUAAGGGAACCUUCAAUCAAAAUUGGCGGCACGUGCCCUGCCUGUUUGGUAGUAAAAAAUGUGUCAUCUAACAUGGUUAAUGUCAAGUUCUACAGGACACACACAGGACACAGUCUCUCUGUGGGUAGCCUACAUCUGACCACAGCUGACAGGGCAAUGGUUGCUGAAUUAAUUGCACAAGGUGUUCCUGAUACUACAAUUUUGAAGAAAGUGAGAGAGAGCAUUCAAGUUGGACUCUUCAGAAGAGUUCAUCUUUUAAGCAAACAAGAUAUUCGAAAUAUUAGGAAAGAAUACAAGCUGGACGAUAGUAGUGCACACCAAGAUGAUGCAACCAGUGUUGAUCUGUGGCCCAAGGCACUGAGGAUAAUGGAAACAAAUUAUCAGAAAGUGACUUUAUGA